UUGUCAAAAAUUUUAUUGUUCCUUCACGAUCACGUGCGUUAGUUUAGUUAUAUAAUGACAUAAUAUCUGUAUUAUCAUAGUAGUACGCACAGUACUUUAUUUAAAUUUGUUAGUAUUUUUAGGUAGACAGGUGUCAUAUUUAUUUAUACAUACGUAUUUUGAAGUUAAUGGAAAAUAUCUUUCUUGUUGUUAGUGAUUUGAGAUAAAAAUGUCAAUACGAAGAGUUUUAAUAGUGAACAAAACGUACCCUACGGCUGGCCUAAAUGUGCUGAAAAACAAAAUAGAAUCAAUUAUCUUGCCCAAUCUGGACUACGAAUCAAACUUUUUAGCUGAAGUUAAAAACAAUAUAAAAGGCGUUGACGCUUUAAUAUGGAAUACCAAACACAGGCUUACCAGGGAGAUACUCCUCUUAGCAGGCCCAUCCUUAAAAGUCGUGUCGACCAUGUCAUCAGGCCUGGACCAUAUAGACGUGGAAGACUUGAAGAGUCUUGGAGUCAAGCUUGGUCGCACGCCCGCAGCGGGGUACACCAGUGUGGCUGACAUCGCUGUGGGGCUCAUGAUUGGGGCAGGAAGGAGGUUUAAGGAAGGCAUACAGGAGCUUGAAACUGGCAAUUGGCGUUUUGGAGUCCAAUGGCGACUAGGUCAGGGUAUUGAAGGCAGCACGGUGGGAGUGAUUGGACUGGGUGGCAUCGGCCAGGCUGUGGUCAGGAGACUGAGAGGAUUCGACGUGGCCCGCUUCCUUUAUUCUGGGAGGAGCGACAAACCUGAAGCUAAGGAUUUGGGCGCAGAGAGAGUAUCCUUACAGCAACUUCUUAAAGAAAGUGACUACGUUCUUAUAACUUGUCCCUAUACAAAGGAGACCAGGAAUUUGAUCAACGCUGACACAUUGAAGCUGAUGAAACCGACGUCAGUCCUUGUCAACAUUGGGAGAGGAGAGAUAAUCGACCACAGUGCGUUGUAUGAAGCGUUGAAGGAGAAUCGCAUAUUCGCCGCCGGUCUCGAUGUCACGCAUCCAGAACCUAUGCCGAGCGAUCACCCCUUGGUUUCCCUGCCCAAUUGCCUAAUAUUGCCGCACAUAGGCACCGCAGUGGUAGAGACAAGAGAAGCGAUGGCGAAAAUGGCCGCUAACAAUAUUCUUCUUGCACUGGAAGACAAGCCUAUGCCGUACCAAGUGUGAAAUACUUAGUCGAAGAUUUAUUCCAAAGUGUUAUGUAAAAUAAAUUUUACAAUAAAAAUUUA